GAAACCGAAGUAUAGACCAGGCGAUCGUCCCACUCAAAUUAGGCAUGAAGACAAUCUAAAGCCCGAAGGCGACUUCUACACUCCAGAAAGACAAGGAUACAAGCCCAGUGAGCGUCCAUCCCAAGUGCGACCUGAAGACAAUCUCCGACCAGAGGGAGAGUUCUAUACUCCGGAUAAACCAGGAUUCAGACCCGCUGAAAGACCAGUCCAGAAGAAGCCUGAGGAUAACCUGAAGCCAGAGGGAGAUUUCUACAGUCCCGAAAAGCAGAAAUAUACGCCUGGAGAACGUCCAACGCAAGUUAGACCUGAAGACAAUCUUCGACCUGAAGGAGAUUUCUACAGUCCCGAGAAAACUAAAUACAGGCCAGGAGAACGUCCUGCCCAAGUAAGACCUGAAGACAAUCUUCGUCCUGAGGGAGAGUUCUAUGCUCCGGAGAAACCAGGAUUUAGACCCGCUGAGAGGCCUGUCCAAAAGAAACCUGAGGAUAAUCUGAAACCCGAGGGGGAUUUCUACAGUCCCGAAAAGCAGAAGUAUACGCCAGGAGAACGUCCUACCCAAGUUAGACCUGAAGACAAUCUCCGACCUGAGGGAGAGUUCUAUACUCCGGAGAAACCAGGAUUCAGACCCGCUGAGAGGCCAGUCCAGAAGAAACCCGUGGACAAUCUAAAGCCCGAAGGAGAGUUCACGAAGCCUGAGAAACAGGUUUACAAACCUGCUGAUAAGAAUGAAAGGAUCAUUCGUAAGGACAACCUACGUAGCGAAGGUGAAAUGACGUUCGUGGAGAAGCAGGAGUAUCAAUACGUGGUGCGUCCUGAUCAAGUCAGACCCACGGAUAACCUGAAACCCGAGGGAGAUUUCUACAGUCCCGAAAAGCAGAAGUAUACACCUGGAGAACGUCCUACACAAGUCAGACCUGAAGACAAUCUCCGACCUGAGGGAGAGUUCUAUACUCCGGAGAAACCAGGAUUCAGACCCGCUGAGAGGCCAGUCCAGAAGAAACCCGUGGACAAUCUAAAGCCCGAAGGAGAGUUCACGAAGCCUGAGAAACAGGUUUACAAACCUGCUGAUAAGAAUGAAAGGAUCAUUCGUAAGGACAACCUACGUAGCGAAGGUGAAAUGACGUUCGUGGAGAAGCAGGAGUAUCAAUACGUGGUGCGUCCUGAUCAAGUCAGACCCACGGAUAACCUGAAACCCGAGGGAGAGUUCACGAAGCCUGAGAAACAGGUUUACAAACCUGCUGAUAAGAAUGAAAGGAUCAUUCGUAAGGACAACCUACGUAGCGAAGGUGAAAUGACGUUCGUGGAGAAGCAGGAGUAUCAAUACGUGGUGCCUCCUGAUCAAGUCAGACCCACGGAUAACCUGAAACCCGAGGGAGAUUUCUACAGUCCCGAAAAGCAGAAGUAUACACCUGGAGAGCGUCCUACGCAAGUCAGACCUGAAGACAAUCUUCGUCCUGAGGGAGAGUUCUAUGCUCCGGAGAAACCUGGAUUCAGACCCGCUGAGAGGCCUGUCCAAAAGAGGCCUGAGGAUAAUCUGAAACCCGAGGGAGAUUUCUACAGUCCCGAAAAGCAGAAGUAUACACCUGGAGAACGUCCUACUCAAGUCAGACCUGAAGACAAUCUCCGACCUGAGGGAGAGUUCUAUACUCCGGAGAAACCAGGAUUCAGACCCGCUGAAAGGCCAGUCCAGAAGAAACCCGUGGACAAUCUAAAGCCCGAAGGAGAGUUCACGAAGCCUGAGAAACAGGUUUACAAACCUGCUGAUAAGAGUGAAAGGAUCAUUCGUAAGGACAACCUACGUAGCGAAGGUGAAAUGACGUUCGUGGAGAAGCAGGAGUAUCAAUACGUGGUGCGUCCUGAUCAAGUCAGACCCACGGAUAACCUGAAACCCGAGGGAGAAUUCUACAGUCCCGAAAAGCAGAAGUAUACGCCUGGAGAACGUCCUACGCAAGUCAGACCUGAAGACAAUCUUCGCCCUGAGGGUGACUUCUACAGUCCUGAGAAAACUAUAUACAGGCCAGGAGAACGUCCUACCCAAGUUAGACCUGAAGACAAUCUUCGUCCUGAGGGAGAGUUCUAUACUCCAGAGAAACCAGGAUUCAGACCCGCUGAGAGGCCUGUCCAGAAGAAACCCGUGGACAAUCUAAAGCCCGAAGGAGAGUUCACGAAGCCUCAGAAACAGGUUUACAAACCUGCUGAUAAGAAUGAAAGGAUCAUUCGUAAGGACAACCUACGUAGCGAAGGUGAAAUGACGUUCGUGGAGAAGCAGGAGUAUCAAUACGUGGUGCGUCCGGAUCCAGUCAGACCCACGGAUAACCUGAAACCCGAGGGAGAGUUCACGAAGCCUGAGAAACAGGUUUACAAACCUGCUGAUAAGAAUGAAAGGAUCAUUCGUAAGGACAACCUACGUAGCGAAGGUGAAAUGACGUUCGUGGAGAAGCAGGAGUAUCAAUACGUGGUGCGUCCUGAUCAAGUCAGACCCACGGAUAACCUGAAACCCGAGGGAGAUUUCUACAGUCCCGAAAAGCAGAAGUAUACACCUGGAGAGCGUCCUACUCAAGUCAGACCUGAAGACAAUCUCCGACCAGAGGGAGAGUUCUAUACUCCGGAGAAACCAGGAUUCAGACCCGCUGAGAGGCCAGUCCAGAAAAAACCCGUGGACAAUCUAAAGCCCGAAGGAGAGUUCACGAAGCCUCAGAAACGGGUUUACAAACCUGCUGAUAAGAAUGAAAGGAUCAUUCGUAAGGACAACCUACGUAGCGAAGGUGAAAUGACGUUCGUGGAGAAGCAGGAGUAUCAAUACGUGGUGCGUCCUGAUCAAGUCAGACCCACGGAUAACCUGAAACCCGAGGGAGAGUUCACGAAGCCUGAGAAACAGGUUUACAAACCUGCUGAUAAGAAUGAAAGGAUCAUUCGUAAGGACAACCUACGUAGCGAAGGUGAAAUGACGUUCGUGGAGAAGCAGGAGUAUCAAUACGUGGUGCGUCCUGAUCAAGUCAGACCCACGGAUAACCUGAAGCCAGAGGGAGAUUUCUACAGUCCCGAAAAGCAGAAAUAUACACCUGGAGAACGUCCUACGCAAGUCAGACCUGAAGACAAUCUCCGACCUGAGGGAGAGUUCUAUACUCCGGAGAAACCAGGAUUCAGACCCGCUGAAAGGCCAGUCCAGAAGAAACCCGUGGACAAUCUAAAGCCCGAAGGAGAGUUCACGAAGCCUGAGAAACAGGUUUACAAACCGAGUGACAGAACGGUGAAGAUAAUCCAGAAGGACAACUUGCGAACAGAGGGUGAAAUGAGUUUCGUUGAGAAGAAGGAAUAUCAGUAUGUCGUGCGACCGGAGCAAGUAAGACCCUUAGAUAACUUGAAGCCGGAAGGAGAGUUCUUCAGCCCAGACAAACCGAAGUAUCAACCAGGCGAGCGGGUUACCGUUGUGCGGCAGAAGGAUAACUUGAAGGUGGAGGGAGAGUUUUACGCACCCGACAAACCCGACUUCCAACCUGCCGAAAGACCCAAACAAAAGAAGCCGCAUGAUAAUUUGAGACCAGAGGGAGAGAUGAUAAUGCCAGAAAAGGAGAAAUACAAGCCCGCCGAUAAGGUUACUAGAGUGGUUCACAAGGAUAAUCUCCGCUCCGAGGGAGAAAUGACUUUCACUGAGAAAACUGAAUACCAGCACGUGGUUAGACCCUCUCCGGUUAGGCCGGAGGAUAAUCUGAAGACCACGGGUAAGUUCUACGUACCAGAGAAGCCAGCAGUUACAAACGGGGAGCGCCCCGAAGCGGUCAGACCCAAGGAUAACCUGAAGCCGGAAGGGGCUAUGUACACCCCUGAAAAGCCGAAAUACGAGCCUGCCUCCCGACCAGAGCAGAAGAGAUAUGUGGACAACCUGAAGCCAGAGGGCAAGAUGCAUAUGCCAGAGAAAGAAUCGUUCAGGCCGGCGGAUAGGGUGACGACAGUAAUCAGGAAGGAUAACCUAAAGACCGAAGGAGAAAUGACCUUCACACAGAAGGACGUGUAUCAGAGUGUGAAGAGGCCCGAGCAGGUAAAGCCGUGCGACAACCUAAAGGUCGAAGGAGAGUUCUUUACACCCGAUAAGAAACCAUUCCGCCCGGCCGAGCGACCUGUCCAAAAGAAGCCAAAGGACAACCUGAAGCCGGAGGGAGAAUUCUACAGAAGAAGCGAUAGGACGGAGACCGAUAGCACCACGAUAGAAACCACAAAGCGAGAGACACCCAAGCGACCGGUGGAUAACCUCAAGCUGGAAGGUUCCAUGACAGUGACCCGAAGGGAUGACUAUAAUAAAAAGGACACCAACAAGACCACGGUAGAGAAGGUUCAGCGGACACAAAAGUAUCAGCACAACAGCUCCUCUAUCAGCCUGGGAACCGACACCGCCAUCCGCAAGACCACCAACCAGAUGAACUAUGUUUCCGGCAAGGAUGCCGUCAAGCAGGUGGACUCCAACAGCCAGAACCCAGUGGACGGUCUCAUUGUAGUGUCCACCACGAAGGUGACCACUGUGAUAGGAGGUCACAAGAAGGAGCCCGAAACCGAGUACGUGAAGCGCCCAGCUAGGAUAAAUGUGAUCGAGAACGUGGCCAAGAACACCACGACGACGAAUAUCGAGAACACCCAGAACGUCCACAAGGAAACCACCUCGAUGCAGCGUAGCCACAAUGUGGUCGAGAACACUGCAGUGAACACUGAGCAGAUCCGAGGAUCGGAUGUCUCCAGCAGGUCCAUCCAAUCGAGCACUACGAAUCGUGGCGGCCAGAUCACCAGCGACAUCACUGGAGACACCGGCUCCCAGCGUGUAGUGUCCGGAAGAACCGUCUCGAACUCGAACAUAACAGGGGACUCCACAACUCGAGUGAUCUCUGGAAAAACAAUCACCAGCAACAUGACCGAGGACUCUACUUCGAGGGUAGUCUCCGGAAGGAACGUCUCCAGCAACAUUAUUGGAGAUUCAUCCACCCGCGUGGUGUCCGGAAGGAACGUCUCCAGUAACAUAACUGGGGAUUCAUCCUCCCGCUUGGUGUCCGGAAGGAACGUCUCGAGCAACAUCAUUGGAGAUUCAUCCACUCGCUUGUCGACUGGCAGAAACGUUUCCACAAAUAUAACUGGAGACUCGUCGGCCCGAGUAGUAUCCGGUGGCCAAAACGUGACUGAUGAUUCAACAUCGCGAGUCGUCUCGGGCGGCAGGACCUCCAGCAGCAACAACAUUGUCACCGGCAGCUCUACAUCCCAUACGAGCUCCUCCAAGCACUUUCAUCACCGCAAGAGCGAGUUCUCCUCAGAGGCUGAUGUCUCGAACACGAUCUUCCAUCGCAAGAACGUCGCCACAGACUCGGCUGCGGCCAAUGGCAGUAGCCUAACUUCAAACGGCAAAAUGAUGCGGAAAAGUAUUCUGAAUCUGCACGAGCAGCCCUCCAGCACACCAGCCCAUGGCAGCGAUCGACAGAGCUACAGCAGCAUCCACAGGCAGAACCGGGAAUCGGACCUGAACACCAGCUACUCCAGUGAGCGCCGCAGCAACAGUGUCCACAAGGAGAACAGGGAGAGCAACUCAAAGAACUCUUCUUCCAUGUCAAGGAUCAUAUCCGGAGGAGGUACUGGCACUGGCACUGCCACCGACAGCAGAUCAACAAUCACUCGCACCCAAGUGUUGGGUGGUGGCAUCGAUUUUCCCUCCCAAUCUCACACCCAUGUGGGAGGCCAUGGCAGGCGCCACCAUCAUGUCUCCAGCUCCAGCGGCGGCAUCGAUUUUCCCUCCUACAGUGCCCACGGCGGACACACUGAGCGUGUGGUCACCCGGCGGGGCAACCAGUCUUCCAUCAGUCUCGGCAGCGACACAAAGUGCACGGGAUCGAGUCAGUACAAGAGCGAGUACAUCACCGCCCCGACCACCACCUGUGCGGUGCAUAAUAUUAAGAAAGGUGCAUUCCAACAUACCAGGAGUACUCAAGAACACAAGUUCUUCAAGACCUCAAACUAACCGACAUUAACCGACAAUUAAAUGACACACAUAUCUGUGUAGCACUAACACAUCCAUUUACCUACCAUAUUAACGUAUAAGUUUCCAUGACAAUAUUUGUAUCGUACCUUUUAUAUCCGAGAAUCCAGAUUAACAAAUAAAUAUCAUUUUUCGAACAAAUCAAA